CUUGGGGAAAAAUUAGAUAGAAGAAAGAGGGGUCAAAAAAAUGAAAAUAAGAAAGAGGGCUUAUCUGUAAAAAAAACAAAACAUACUGUGCUUAAAUUGAAAAUCACCUAAAACAAAAGCGCCUCCGGUAUAUAGACGGUGGAUUUGCAGCGAGCAAGUAAAGAAUAACUUGAACCGGGUCUGAUGUUUGUUGAUGACCCUUCUCUACACACCUUGAAACGCAGACGACUCGAGAUCACCGAUUCCAUGGAAGCUUCUUCUUCAGCUCAGGCUAAAAUUGCUGAUAUGCGAGAGAAAUUAGGGCGAGAGGUUCGUGUUUUCGAGACUUCGAGUAUCUCACAGAGACCAAGUCAAGUUUCUAGUGCUGACGAUGAAUCUGAUGAUUUCUACGAGUUCACACCUGCAGAUUUUUACCGCCUUUUGGCUACUAAGAAAGAAGAUAAAUCGUUGAAGACAAGAAAAAUCCGGGAAGCAGAAGAAGCUGCUCGUCGAUCAAAGCUCACUAAGGCUGUAAUCCGGGUUCGUUUUCCUGAUAAUCACACAUUGGAGGCAACAUUUCAUCCAUCAGAAAAGAUCCAAGGCUUGAUUGAUCUUGUCAAAAGAGUAGUUGCCCACCCAGAUGUUCCUUUCUACUUGUAUACAACUCCUCCCAAGAAACAGAUAAAAGAUUUCUCACAAGACUUCUACUCAGCUGGGUUUGUUCCUGGAGCCAUUGUCUACUUUUCAAACGAUCAACCUAAAGAUGAUGGUGGUAGUUCAACUCCUUAUCUUAAUGAAGAGAUUUUGUCACUGAAAGAUUUAGAGGCCAUGACCAAAGCCGUGGAACCGGUUGAAUCGUCAUCAGAGCCAGCCACGGUUGACUCUAGUGCUGUACCUGUUGAACACGAGCGUAAAUCCACAGAGAAGAAGACCACAAAGCCUAAGUGGUUUAAAAUGUGAUUUCACUUUGUUUCUCACAUAACAAGAAACAUGUUACCUUUGAAAAGUGACAGUUCCAGUGUGUCGGCAUCACUUCACAGUAGCAAUCUUAUUGUGUCGGUAUGGGCUUUUAAUAUCUUGGCUCAUUUGGAUUUCUUGGGCCUAAAAGUUACUUUCAUUAUAGCGUUUUCUUACCUGUCUCGUUCCAAAGUAGAAGAAACUAAAUGAAUGCAUUGCGCUACGUUAUAUUAGAUGAAUGAAUUUGGUAUUAUAAC